AAACCAUCAUCCUGCCUCCCCGCUCCCCCCCGCCCCGGCCCGGCGCUGGGCUGCCAGCGGGCCGGUACCGCCCCAGCUCCUCCCUGCUCCAAAUGCCGGACCUGUUUGCUGUAGAGACCUCCCCGACGCGUCUGGCAGAGAAUGAGUUAAUGUAAUCACUGGAAAAUCCUGGAUGGAAACCAAUGUGUGCUGGAUCAGUGAUCUGGCAAUGGCCAAAUGCCAGUUUUCCCGUGUUGUUGUGAACAGUUUUACGUACAGAACUGCCUUUGUAGAAAUGCACCUAGUUAAGAAUGAACACAAGAGAAGUGCUGUGGUAGACACAGGCUUCAUGCCAUGUUGGUUUCCAGUUUAAAAACCAGUAGGCAAUUUUAAAGAAACAGCAACAAAGUGAUGACCCGGUGCCAAGUGCCAGCUUUCCUUAUUCAUCAGAUUCAAGAAGAAUUGGAUAAAGAAGAAGAAGAGAUGAUGGUUUUCCUGUGCCGAGACCUUGCUCCUGACUUGGCCUCUGCUGAUCUUAAAGAGAUCUUGGUGGCUUUGAAUGAGAGAGAGAAACUGACUCCUGUUGGCUUGUCUGAGCUAUUGUACAGAGUUAAGAGGUUUGACUUGCUGAGGAGGAUCCUGAAGACAGAGAAAGCAACAGUGGAAGCUCACCUUGCCAGGAGUCUCAGACUUAUCCCUGAGUACAGGGUACUAAUGGUAGAGAUAAAUGAAAAUCUGGAAAAAGAUGAAGUGGGUUCUCUUGGUUUUCUACUCAGAGAUUAUGCACCUCGUAUGAAAAUGGCAAAAGAUAAGAGUUUUCUAGCUCUUAUAAUUGAGCUGGAGAAGCUAAAUUUGGUGGCUCCUAAUCAACUGGAUUUGAUAGAGAACUGUUUUCAAAGUAUUCACAGGAUAGAUUUGAUUAGGAAGAUUCAGAAGUACAAACAUGAAGCUUCAGUGUCCUCUGUUCAUUCUCAGCCAGUUUAUAUAAAUGCUCAUCAGGCCUCUCUCCCUAAUUUCAAUCUGAUUGAUCCUCCUUAUCAUUCAGGGAUUCAGAAUAAGAACACAGAAAAAUUACAAAAUGGAUCAAGUCUUACUCUGGCUGCAGCAGAACCACUUCACAUGUCCAUUGAGGAGUCAGGAUCAGUGCCACAUAAGAUGUCUGAUGAUUCCUACAGAAUGCAAAGUCAACCUUUAGGAAUAUGCCUGAUAAUAGAUUGUAUUGGCAAUGACACUGAUGUGUUGGAAGAGACCUUCAGAGGCUUAGGCUAUGAUGUUCAUUGUCACAGAUAUUUAAAUAUGAAUUCCAUGAAUCAAACAUUGCUUGAAGUUGCAAGGUGGCAGAAACACAAAAAUUGUGACAGCUUCGUUUGCAUAUUGGUCAGCCGUGGAAACUCCCAGAGCAUCUUCUGUACAGACCACACCUUUUCUGGAUUCCCUUUGGAACAAAUAAAGAAAUACUUUACAGCAGACUCAUGUCCUGGACUCCUAGGAAAACCGAAGCUUUUUUUUAUUCAGAGCUACGUUGUGCCAGAAAAUGAGCAAGAAUGUACCAGUCUGUUGGAAGUCGAUGGGAAUGCUGAGAAUAUCAGAGCUAAAGUCACUAUUCCCCAUACAGCAGACAUCUUUUGGAGUCAUUGCAAGGUGGAUGUGUCUACACUGGAACAAUCCCCAACUUCACCCUCAUAUUAUCUGCGUUGUCUGGCUGAGCUACUCCGUAAUCCUUAUAAAAGGAAACUCUGUAUAUUGGCUAUCCAUAUGGAACUGAACAAAAAAGUUUAUGAUGGGAAUAUGACCAUUGACCCAAGCCAACAAUACUCACUGCUGCUCCAGCAUACACUGAGGAAGAAACUUUUUUUCCCACUUGACUGCUGUUAGAAACUUUUGCAUUUGAAAAGCACUUCUGCUACCCUAUAGACAACCAAAAGCCAGGGAGAGUGGAACCAAGAGGAGGCAGAUGAGGAAAUGUGGAAUUUUUAAGCAGGAACAAGAAGGGAAAUGGUAGGGAGCAUCAAGAGAAGAACAAGUAGGGGAAAGACGAUUCGGAGGAGAAAUACAAUAUUAAUAUUGGAAGGAGAAGAAAACAGGAAAAAGGAAGUAAGAAUAAUAGUGGCUGUCUUUACAGACUAAUGAUGUGGUGAGUUGGUUGAUGUUUUGUGGGCUGGUUGGUUGGGGGUUUUAGAGUGAUGCUAAAUGCAAUUAUUUACUUAAAAUAUUAGCAGUGGAAUAUAUUCUGCUUUUACAGUAUUGUGACAAGUUUGGUUUGGGGGUUAAGAAGUAUAUAUGUUCUUUGCCUUACUGCAAGACGGUAAGUAAAGUCCAUGUGGCUUUCAUGAAGAUACUAUGCAGAAAUGCUGUUUUGAAAAGUAGAGGCUCAUGUAAUCAACCCUUUCAGUGGAAAAGGAAGGGACUCUUUGUGUGUGGCUGCUGACGCUGUUGAGUUAGGGACGGAAAGGAAGAUCCCCAUUUUCAGGUGGCUCAGAAGGCUCAAGAAUAAUCUUUAUUAGCAAGAAGUAACGAACUUUAUAGUCUCACUUGCUAAGUGGGACCGGAUUGGUCUCAAAGUAGGAACAUCUCACACUAUGCACUAUGAAUAACAUGCUGUGAAGAACCAUAACUAUAAACAGAAAGAGAGAUAAUAAUUGUUUGAAUUCUUUCAUCUAAGAUUCCCAGGCUCAGCCUGGGAGAAGUUGUCUCUGUUCUUUCUUCAACUGAACUGAGAAUAUCCACAGGUUGCUUGGUUGGAAGUAGUUAUAACCCUCUAGAGUUGUGGGGACAGACAAAUAUUGUGCAGCAUUCAUGGAUGUCAGAUACUGAUUUUUUACACUGAUCCUCAGUAGAUUCUUAAGCCAUAGCCAUACGCAAUCUGUAAUUGUACAUCUAAGCAGUAUUUAUUGCCUUGACACCUCUUUCAGAUGUAGCAUUCAGGCAGGCUGAUUCCCUGUACCUGUUGCAUAGUGAGUAUUUGUGCAGGACUUCUGUGAUGGCAGUUGUCCGUUGCUUCUCCCAUAGCUUAUAGAAUAGACUCCUAGAAUAUGCUGUGUUAGAAGGGACCCAUCAGGGUCACUGAGACCAACUCCUGGCUCUGCUUAGGACACCCCAAGAAUCCCACCAUGCACCUAAGAGUGUUGUCCAAAAGCUUCUUGAGCUCUGUCAGGGUUGGUGCUGUGACGACUUCCCUGGGGAGCCUGUUCCAGUGCCCAGCCACCCUCUGGAUGAAGAACCUCUUCCUAAAAUCUACCCUAACGCUCCCCUGCCACAGUUUCAUUUCUCAAGUCCUGUCAGUGGUCACCACAGACAAGCAGUUGAUACCUCUGCCCCUCUGCUUCCCCUCAUGAGGAUGGUGAAGACUGCAAUGAGGUCUCCCCACAGUCUCCUCCAGGCUGAACAAACCAAGUGACCUCAACCCCUCCUCAGAGGGCCUUCUCUCCAAAACCCUUACCAGGUUUCUGUGUCCCUCUGUACACAUGAUGGGGACUGUCUCUUCUUGCCAUAGUGCACACAUAAAAUUUGAGUCUAGAAAUGGAUGCAGGGUGUGGACUGCAUCAAGUUGUCCCUGUAUUACAGCUAGUGAAAUUAUUUCAGGUUAAAUGAUCCUUUAGCCAAAAGAAAAGGGGGAAGAGAAUUUUGGAUCCAUCAUGAGUUUAGGGUGUUAGCACAGGAGCAUAGAUAGUGACGUGCUGGUGAAAUUUCAUGGUCUUGGACUGACAAAAUGUCUAGUCUUCAGAACCUAUUAUUGAAGGAGAUAAAACAAGUUACACUGCUCCUGCAUUGUCAGAGGCUGGAAUAAGGCUGUCAGAGUCACUGCUCUGGCACUUAAUUAUGGUUUUGAUUUCUGAUAACAGGAAAAAAAAUUUCUUGUAGUUCUGUAUAUGCUCUAUAUAUGGACAGUGAUGCCUUUAAGUGGCUUGGAAGGUGUUCUCAUGAGGCAAGACAUUCAGUGGUGUUUUGUACCUGACUUGAGUUGCAUGUUUUUUUCUCAGCCACCUACACUGAUGUGGCUGAG